AUGUGCCUGAUCGUUAAAAACACCAACAUCAGUCGAGAGGAUAUUGGAGAGUUCAUGAAAGCGUACGCUGAGGAUCGCAGCAUCAUGGCUCAGCCCCGUCGCAGCUUGAUCGGGAGCAUGAAAGGAGAUAAGAUUCUGCUGGCUACACCUCUUCUGAAACGGUACUUGGAACAUGGUUUAGAGGUCACGAAAGUACACCAAGUGAUCGAGUUCACCCCUGAGCCCUGCUUCAAAUCCUUUGGAGAUGCUGUGUCUGACGCAAGACGAGCAGGCGAUGCAGACCCGAACAAAGCCAUCAUCGUGGAUACCAUGAAAUUGGUAAGUUUUUGUUUCAUUCUGGGAUCAUAGGGGAGGAGAACGAUAUGAUUGUAUACAGAAAACUGAUAUAAACCUUGCUUUUUUAGGUGGGAAAUUAA